ACCCACUGAGCAAGGACAUGGAUCGAACCGGCCUCCUCAUGGAUACUAGUCGGGUUAGUUAACCCACUGAGCCACAAAGAGAACUCUUAAGACAGCAAAUGCUAAUUGUAAACUUUAGGUGAUAUGUAUACAGUGUUCAUUAUAUAAUUCUCAACUUUUCUGUACAUUUGAAAAUUUUCAUGGUAAAAUAUUGGGAAAGGGGAAAGAAUAAAUUGCAGGGAGUUAAGAAUGGAAGCACGUGUGAGAGAUAAUUAUCAGGUAGUGACAGUGAGAUGGAAAGGAAAGAGGAGAUUCAAGGCACACCUGGAUUUGGGCAACUGCAAAUAGUACUAAGAGCUUACUAAGAGCGUGUGUGGGGCAUGGGUCAGCGUGUCUAGAGAGAGGGCGGAAGCAUUUAGUCUAGGUCGGGUUACGAAGAGUCCUUGCUUUCCUAACCCUAAAGCGAAGGAUCAAGGGCGCCUUUUCAGCCUUUGCUGCCCCGGUGCGGCUCUCCAAGCUUUACCCUCCGGGCGCGGGAAGGGCUGCCCGCGCAGGUCACUUGGGAUCGCGGCGGUCGGCGCAUGCGCACGUCGCCUGGCGGACUCGUGUCUCUUUUCCUUUCCAGUGCUGAUCACUGUUCACCAGUUUUUACCUGGCGGCAGUUUUCGGUCUCGGCGCCCAGGAUGGAGCAGAUGGGCGAUUUGGAGCUGCUCAUGGAGAAGAGUUUCGGUGACGAGGCUGCGCCGCCUGCGAAGCUAUUUCAGAAGAAGAAUGUGGAAGCUUCCUUUUCUAAAACAGUUCUGAUCCGAGGAAUGGAUAACCGGUACCUGGUAUUAGCAGUCAACAUUGUACAGAAUGAAGAAGGAAACUAUGAAAAGCACCUAAUUAUUACUGCUUCCCACUCACUAGAAGAAAAAGAACUGUGUAUCCUGAGGAAUGACUGGUGCUCUGUACCUGUAGAGCCAGGAGACAUAAUUCAUUUGGAGGGAGACUGCAUAUCUGAUACUUGGAUAAUAGAUGAAGAUUUUGGAUAUUUGAUUCUGUAUCCAGACAUGCUGAUUUCUGGCACAAGCAUAGCCAGUAGUAUUCGAUGUAUGAGAAGAGCUGUCCUGAGUGAAACAUUUAAGAGCUCUGAUUCAGCCACACACCAGAUGCUGAUUGGUACAAUUCUCCAUGAAGUAUUUCAAAAAGCAAUAAGUGAUAGUUUUGCUCCAGAAAAGCUGCAAGAACUUGCUUUUCAAACUGUUCAAGAAAUAAGGCAUCUGAAGGAAAUGUAUCGCCUCAAUCUGAAUCAAGAUGAGGUAAAACAAGAAGUAGAGGAGUAUCUUCCUUCAUUUUCUAAAUGGGCUGGAGAUUUUAUGCGUAAAUAUACUUCAACUGACUUCCCUCAGAUGCAGCUCUCUCUACCAAGUGAUGGUGGUAACAACAACUCAGCAUGUAAUAUUGAAGUUAUAAACUCACUGGAUAUUGAAGAAAGCAUUUGGUCCCCUAGGUUUGGACUGAAGGGCAAAAUAGAUGUUACAGUUGGUGUGAAAAUACAUCGAGGAUGUAAAACGAAAUACAAGAUAAUGCCACUGGAACUUAAAACUGGCAAAGAAUCGAAUUCUAUUGAACACCGAAGUCAGCUUGUUCUAUAUACACUGCUAUGCCAAGAGAGGAGAGCUGAUCCAGAGGCUGGCCUGCUCCUCUACCUGAAGACUGGCCAGAUGUACCCUGUGCCUGCCAAACAUCUUGAUAAAAGAGAAUUAUUAAGGCUAAGAAACCAGAUGGCAUUCUCGUUGUUUCACCGUGUUAAUAAAUCUGCUACUGGAGAGAAGACAAAGCUUGCUCCUUUGCCACAAAUAAUUGAGGAACAGCAAACCUGUAAAUAUUGUUCACAGAUGGCCAACUGUGCUCUUUAUAGCAGAGCAGUUGAACAGCAGAUGGAUGGCAGUGCAGUCCUGACUGGCAUGCUGCCCCAAAUAAAAGAAGAAACCCAGCACCUAAAGCCUACACACUUAGAGUAUUUCAGCCUUUGGUGUCUAAUGUUAACUCUGGAGUCACAGUCAAAGGAUAAUAAAAAGAAUCAUCAAAAUAUAUGGUUAAUGCCUGCUUCAGAAAUGGAGGAGAGUGGCAGCUGCAUUGGAAACCUGAUUCGAACAGAACAUGUAAAGACAGUUUGUGAUGGACAAUAUUUACAUACUUUCCAACGUAAAAAUGGUUCCAUGCCUACCACAAAUCUGAUGACAGGUGACAGGAUUAUUUUAAGUGGAGAAGAGAGAACACUGUUUGCUUUGUCUAGGGGAUACGUGAAAGAGAUGAACAUGACGACAGUAACCUGUUUAUUGGACAGGAACUUGUCAGUACUCCCAGAAUCAACUUUGUUCAGGUUGGACCAGGAAGAAAAAAAUUGUGAUAUAGAUACCCCAUUAGGAAAUCUUUCUAAGUUGAUGGAAAAUACUUAUGCCAGUCAAAAACUUCGAGAUUUAAUCAUUGACUUUCGCGAACCACAGUUUAUAUCCUACCUCAGUUCUGUCCUUCCACAUGAUGCAAAGGACACAGUUGCCUGCAUUCUAAAAGGUUUGAACAAGCCUCAGAGGCAAGCUAUGAAAAAGGUACUUCUUUCUAAAGACUACACCCUCAUCGUGGGAAUGCCUGGAACGGGGAAAACCACUACCAUAUGUACUCUCGUGAGAAUUCUCUAUGCCUGUGGUUUUAGUGUUUUGUUGACCAGCUAUACACAUUCUGCUGUUGACAAUAUUCUUUUGAAGUUGGCAAAGUUUAAGAUAGGAUUUUUGCGCUUGGGUCAGACUCAGAAGGUACAUCCAGAUAUCCAGAAAUUUACAGAGGAGGAAAUUUGCAGGUCAAAGUCCAUUAAAUCCUUGGCUCUUCUAGAAGAACUCUACAAUGGUCAACUUAUAGUUGCAACAACAUGCAUGGGAAUAAACCAUCCGAUAUUUUCUCGUAAAACUUUUGAUUUUUGUAUAGUGGAUGAAGCCUCUCAAAUUAGCCAACCAAUUUGCCUAGGGCCACUUUUUUUUUCACGGAGAUUUGUGUUGGUAGGGGAUCAUCAACAGCUUCCUCCCCUGGUGCUAAACCGUGAAGCAAGAGCUCUUGGCAUGAGUGAAAGCUUAUUCAAGAGGCUUGAGCAGAAUAAGAAUGCCGUCGUACAGUUGACUGUGCAGUACAGAAUGAACAGUAAAAUUAUGUCGUUAAGUAAUAAACUGACAUACGAAGGAAAGCUGGAGUGUGGAUCAGACAAAGUGGCCAGUGCAGUGGUAAACCUUCCUAAAUUGAAAGAUGUAAAGCUGGAACUGGAAUUUUAUGCUGAUUAUUCUGAAAAUCCUUGGAUGGUUGGAGCAUUUGAGCCAAACAAUCCUGUUUGUUUUCUUAAUACAGACAAGGUUCCAGCACCAGAACAAGUUGAAAAGGGAGGUGUGAGUAAUAUAACAGAAGCCAAACUUGUAGUAUACCUGACUUCGAUUUUUGUUAAGGCUGGAUGUAAUCCCUGUAAUAUUGGUAUCAUUGCACCAUACAGGCAGCAGUUAAAAGUCAUCAAUGACUUACUGUCACAUUCUUCUGUUGGGAUGGUCGAGGUUAAUACCGUAGACAAAUACCAAGGAAGAGACAAAAGUAUCAUUUUAGUAUCUUUUGUUAGAAGUAAUAGAGAUGGAACUCUUGGUGAACUACUGAAAGAUUGGCGACGUCUCAAUGUUGCUAUAACCAGAGCCAAACAUAAGCUGAUUCUCCUGGGAUGUGUGUCCUCCCUAAACCGCUAUCCUCCUUUGGGGAAGCUACUUGAUCAUCUAAACUCCGAAAAAUUAAUCAUUGAUCUUCCAUCAGGAGAACAUGAAAGUCUUUGUCACAUAUUGGGUGAUUUUCAAGGAAAAUAAAGCACUGUUUUCCUAGCUUUUUUCAUACCAUUAUGAUAUCCUCUAACUAUUCCCUAUUAUUUGUAAUUUGGAUAUUCUAUAAAAUCAAUGCCUGGUUAGACUGUGAUGAUAACUUUUAUCCUAUGGGUAUGAAAUGAUGUAAAUACAUCCUCUCACAGUUCUAGUUUUUUGUUUUAUUUAUUUAUUUAUUAGUAUAACCUUGUUAAACAUACAAUUCUAUUACCAUACAAAAUUUGACACAGUAUUUAUUUUUUUGGUGUAGUUGUACCCCAAGCUGAAAAGUCUAACUUUAUGGAUAUUAUAAAUGUGCUUUUGUAUGACCUAGAGUUCAAUAAAUUUCUACCAGCUUUUUAAAAGAUGGAUCAACUUUUCAUUCAGAGGUUUAAACUUUUUUUAUUUUUAUUUUUUUGCUUUUUAGGUCCACACUAGCGGCAUAUGGAGGUUCCCAGGCUAAGGGUCAAAUCAGAGCUAUAGCUGCCAGCCUAUGCCACAGCCAUAGCAACACCGGAUCCGAGCUGAGUCUGCAACCUACACCACAGCUAAUGGCAACGCCGGAUCCUAAACCCACCCAGCGAUGGGAUGGAACCUGAAGCCCCAUGGUUCUUAGUCGGUUUCCACUGCACCGUGACAGGAACUCCCUGAGGUUUAAACUUUUAAGUCUAACUUUUCAAGAUGGAUUUGUUCUUUUAGAAUUUUAUCAAAUUUUGUUUAUUUGCAAGAUUAGAUAAGAAAAUUGAUGUGUUUUUAUCAUUGAAGCACCAUCUUGUGAUAGUGAUAACAUAAGUAUGAUUGUUUUCUGUAUUUUGAGGUCCCUGAUCCAAAGGCCAUUUUGCUGGCUUUUUCCCGAUUUGCUUUCUGGCAUCAGAGAUGUUUUCACUUAACAUCUAAUCUUUUAAAUAGUUACUUAUAAAUAUAUUAUUUCCAGUUAAUUUCUGAUUCCCCUUACUCUUCCAUUUAUUUUCAGUUUUCACUAUGCUAGAGUAGAUUUUGAUACGAGAUAAUAAUUCUUACUAUUUUUUUUGAAAAGAAAUUUUGUUUGAUGAAUUGAUGGCAAGUUAAAAAGGUGUAUCCCUAUUUUCACCUAUUCGUAUUCAUAUUCCCGUUUGUUUAGGGGCAUUACUCAGUUUCCCCUUUAGUAUAAAGAUGUUUUGUAAAACAGAAUUACCUUGGUGUGCUUGAUUACUUAUAUGGUGACCAAUUUUAACCUUAGUGUAUCCACCUUUGAGGGGAGGGACUCUCAUUUCUCUCAGGGUGUUUUUUUUUUUUUUGACUGUUAAGUAUGUUAAAAAUUGUUGCCUCUACCUCACAUGUUUUUAAAAAUUAUUACUUGAAGUUUUUAUUAAAUAAAUUGUUUUCUUAUUGCUAAAUCUUACUGUGUGAAUUAUUAAUACUAAAUAAUAAUUAGGUUCAGUAUUGUCCAUCAUUUUUUCCAGUAUUGACAGUGCUCUAAAGCUGAAAUGGGAGUGUUGACUUUGUAAAGAGAUUUAAGGACACGCAGGAUUGAGUUGAUCAUGGAGAGACUGAAUUAGACAGGAAUAAACAGAAAGUUUGCUGAGAUCGGGCUUAAAUAUUGGUUAGAUAUUAUGAAGUUAUAUAACAGGAAGGGAUCAAAGAUAGUUAAGAAAAUUCUUUGGGUUUAAUCAGUGGUCGCUUUAAAGAGUUGCAUGGGGAGUUCCCGUUGUGGCUCAGUGGUAACGAACCCAACUAGUAACCA